CGAAGCUUGGCAUGAAGAACCACCCGCCUUCCGCCUCACCCUAAGAAAACCUACCAGAGGAACUGUAAUGGUGAGGUAUAGAUGUGGCGUCUUGAAGGUGGACAGAAGCCUGAAUUCCAAAGAUUGGCAUCUGAUUCCAAAACUUGGCAAUGAAAAUGGUCUCCGAGACAGGCCUCGCUUGAGUUCCAUAUGCCUAUAAUUACAGGUUGCCUCUACUUGAACAAGACGGACCCCGAGUUCUGAGACUCAUCGCCUCCUAGACCACACAAUCGCCGCUCCAUAAGCUCGGCAACCAUUCAUCCUCCCAGAAAGUGAGGUCUCAGAGGCCUUGAUCUUUGGAAGGCUCUUCCGAAUAAAGUCAUGGAGGAAGACCGAGCGCUUGUCGAUUUGGGCAUCGCAGCCGACAUCGAGCAAAGUCAACCGGUUCCAAAUGCGCUAAAACAGCCCAAGAGACGCUUCGUUGGCAGACGGGCCGCAGCCGAGGCAUCCAAAGCAGCCCCGGGAAGCGUCUCGCUCGAAGACAGCGGGGCCAUUCAAGUCGUGCAGCCGAGGAAGGCCCCGAGAAUGCUGAACCAAGUGCCACCAGAGAUCCUCAAUGAUGAAGCUCUCAAGGCGGCGAUAGCCCUUCUCCCAGCAAAUUAUUCAUUUGAAAUACCCAAGACCAUUCACCGCAUCCGCACGUUGGGUGCCAAGAGGGUAGCGUUGCAGAUGCCCGAGGGUCUGCUGCUUUUCGCAACCACCAUCUCGGAUAUCCUCACCCAGUUUUGCCCGGGAAUCGAGACGCUGAUCAUGGGCGAUGUGACGUACGGCGCAUGCUGCAUCGAUGACUACACGGCGCGGGCCAUGGGCUGCGACUUGCUGGUUCACUACGCCCACAGCUGUCUCAUCCCCGUGGACGUGACCAAGAUCAAGACGCUCUACGUCUUUGUUGACAUUAGCAUUGACACCUCACACCUCCUUGCUACGUUGGAACGGAACUUUGCUCCCGGGAAGACGAUCGCCAUGGUGGGAACAAUACAGUUCAACGCCACGAUUCACGGAGUGCGGUCCGCGCUGGAAAAGGCUGGCUUCAAGGUAAUUGUGCCGCAGAUUGCACCGCUCUCAAAAGGCGAGAUUCUCGGGUGCACGUCGCCGAAUCUCUCCACAUACACUGAUAGCCCCGUGGACUUGAUCCUCUACCUGGGAGACGGCCGCUUCCAUCUCGAGAGCAUCAUGAUCCACAACCCGGGUAUCCCAGCGUACCGGUACGACCCGUACUCACGGAAGCUGACGCACGAGACGUACGGUCACGACGAGAUGCAGGAUCUCCGUCGGGACGCAAUCCGGACGGCGAAGGGGGCCAAGAAAUGGGGACUCAUUCUCGGGUCGCUGGGACGGCAGGGGAACCCGCAUACCAUGGCUCUGAUAGAGAACAAGCUGAAGCAGAUGGGGAUCCCAUUCGUUAACCUGCUGCUGAGCGAGAUUUUCCCAGGCAAGUUGGCGUUGAUGAGCGACGUCGAGUGCUGGGUGCAGGUGGCGUGUCCGAGGCUGAGCAUCGACUGGGGAUAUGCCUUCCCGCGGCCGCUGCUCACUCCGUACGAAGCGCUAGUUGCACUGGAGGAGAAGGAGGACUGGGGCAAGGGCGCGUAUCCCAUGGAUUACUAUGGCAAGGAGGGGCUUGGCAGAGUCAAGCCUGCCGCUCCAGUAGGAGUCAGCUAGCGUGAAUAGCAGCAAUUUAUCAGAUGCGUGCCUGAAAC